AUGGCAGCACAACGACGGCUGAAGAAGACCGACGGAACGACGGCUAAGACACCAGUCAGCAACGGAGUCGCUUCCCAUUCUGAACGGAGGAGGCAGACAGCGCGAUGCCAUUAUAGCACGUCAGAAAAGGCUCCACGAGAACGAGACCGCCAGUGGGAGCUUAUAGUCAGAAAUUGGAAUAUAUCCUCACUCACACGGAAAAAGCAAGAGUUAGUUGAUGAGGCCCUAACGUAUCAAUUCGACGUUGUUGGACUCUCGUCAACGAAGCGCAAAUACUCUGAAAUCCUGAGUGUCGAUAUCACAACGCUCACUCAGGCCGAUGUUGGUGUUCUGGUAGAACUUAACCUCGCAGAUAAAAUCGUUGAUUGGAUGCCUGUCAGCGGUAGGGUGGUAAUCCUGCGACUGAAGACACAACAGGCUAAAACGUUAACCAUCGUUCAGGUCUAUGCGCGCAAUUUGGACGGAGAAUAUGACACCUUCUUUGAGGAAUGGCAGCGUCAUCUGUCCGAAGUGACGAACGCCGAGUCCCUCAUGGGCGAUUUUAUUGCGCAUAUCCGAGUAGACGCUGAAAAGUGCAACGGCGUGAUUGGAAAAAGCGGCAUGAAGUUGUUGUGGUUUUUGGCAAGCAACGCACUGUCCAUUAUGAACAUCUCCUUCGAGCAUCGAAGAGUUCGUCGGUAUACCUGGUACCGGGUGUACAGAUUAACGGAUGUUGGCGUCAAGAGAGGCGUAGAGCUGUCAACCGGCACUUGUGUUGGCAUGCUGCGCCGUGAGAAACGGAGCACCAUACGAAGAUCUGGAGGCAGAAGCAUCCAGAGAAUCAAACGGGAAAUAUUAUCUUCGGUGGGUACGAGAGCGAAAUUUGCAAACAACAUCGCACGACGGUUUGCACAGAUCCCGGUGAUGCCAACUGAUGUGGAAACCGAGUGGCAGCUCAGAAAGAGCGGCAUACUCGAGGCUGCCGCCGAAUGCUGCGGAUUUAAACGGGUUGGCCUGUCGCCUGGAAGUCAGAAAAGACCUUCAUAG